GUAAUUACUUAAUUUUGAUGAAACAUAGCUUUACAUUUAUUUACCGUCUUUGAAAGUUUAUUGCUUGCAAAACCAAUCAUACUGUACAUUUUCUAUUAGAGGAAGCAUUGUGUAUUUAUUUCUCCUCGUAAUGCUCUCAUAUGUCUGUUGUUUUUUUAGAUGAUGUGCUUUGCUGUAAUUGCUUGACGUUCUGUUACAGUUUUCUGGAAGAGAUGAAUGUUUCAUCAACAGAGGCCGAGCUUGAGUUGAGCAUGGAGUACUUCUGUGUGCUUGCAUGUAAACCUCAUUGACACAUGACCUACCUUCACUUAAGACCUUAAAGGGACAGUUCACAUUUACUCACCCUUGAAUUGUUCCAAAUCUGUAUAAAUUUCUUUGUUCUGAUAAACACAAAGAAAGAUAUUUGGAAGAAUGCUGGUAACCAAACAUUUCUGGGCCACCAUUGACUACCAUAGUAGGAAAAAUUACAACGGUAGUUAAAACUGUUUGCUUUCCUAUUCUUCAAAAUAUCUUUAUAGUAUAUUUAUUAAAUAUAUUUAUAAAGCGAUCUUUCCUACUAUGGUAGUUAAUGGUGGCCAAGAACUGUUACUGUUACAAGCAUUCUUCCAAAUAUCUUUCUCUGUGUUCAUCAGAAUAAAGAACAACAACUUGAGGGUGAGUAAAUGAUGACAGAAUUGUCAUUACUUUGAAUACUGUCACCUUUGGUCAGCUAUUUUGUUAAUUAUCUUAAUAAAUUUGUUAAUAAAAAGUACACAUUUUAUGGAAAAGCUAUAGUUUUUGUAGUGAAAAAUGCAAAAUCAUGUAAAUCAAUGCGCUUUUUUAAAUUUAUAAAUGAUCACUUAUAAACAUGGAUGCAUCAAUCUAAUUUUGUAAAUAAAUGAAUGCUCUUUCAUUUUUGCACUUAAUUUUGUAUUCGAUAAACGUUUUAUGAAUCCCACUGAAAUGUGUAGUCUGUCUCGGUUUUGGAAAAUGUAUAUAAAUCUUAUUGUAGCGAGGAAGGCGGGGCGAGAGCCGUGGGGCGAGUAAGGCGGGGCCGGCGGCGUAAGUGGCAACGAGUGUCAGCUGUGCGACCGCCGGUCCCCGCAUGCCUCACGGCUCUCGCCCCGCCUUCCUCGCUACAUUUAUCUAAUACAAACAUUACACAUUUAAAUAUGGCAUUCUUAACUCUAUAUGCCUGUUCUUCAUUAGUAAAGUAAACAUGGUCACUCCCAGCAGAGUACAGUAUUAUGAUACACAGAUCAGUUGAGUAUUAUUACAGUACUUUGUAACUCCAGACUCUUUCAGAUGUUAAAUUGUAAAUGUAAAACAUCUCAUGUUUGGACACUAAACAGAGAUGACUGUGUCAAUAUUACUGUAAGGAAAUAUUAAGCCAUUGUCCAUGCCAAAAUAUCACUGGGACAUUGUAUCUUCCCAGCAUGAUGUCCGGUUAGCCUAAAAACCUUCGACCCUGUUCUGCCCAUUGCCCAGGAGAUGUUUAUUGGCCUUGAAAAGAUUUUCAGUUAUACUCCACAGUGAAUGAGAAACCUCUGUGUGUGAGUCCAAAGUCCUCAUUAGCACACUAAGCACAUUACGGAUUGACCCAAGUGAAUGUACUGACCAGACUUGUGCGUUGGUGUCUCAGUGUGAAGGAACAGGCGAGCCUGAAAACUAAGCUUAAAGAUGUGGCUCCUCCCAUUGUUUCCUUUCCAUAAGUUUUGCUGACAGUUUAAAUCUCCUGUUUGGUAGAAAAGCUACACAGCUUUUACAAAUGGCUGUACGUUUGUUUGAGGGUAAAGAACAUGCGUCCUCAUACUGGAAGUACAGGAUAUCUCCUUCUCAAGAGCUCAUCAGCAAGAUUAUGCAGUUUCUAAUGAGUAAUAAAGAGUCACCCUAUGACCUGGCAGUGGACGUUGGUUGCGGGUCAGGACAAGGAACCUUGCUCUUGGCACCAUAUUUUGCUCAUGUGGUGGGGACAGACAUCAGUCCUGCUCAACUGGAGAUGGCAAGGAAGCAUGUUAGCUCCACAAAUAUCACAUACAGGGAAUGUCCAGCUGAGGAACUGCCUUUUGAAGAUGGCUCCAUAGAUCUUGUGACGUCCAUGUCAGCGUUCCAUUGGUUUGAUCAUUCACCUUUCCUUCAGGAGGCUCACAGAGUCCUGAAGCCUCACGGCUGCCUCGCGCUUAUUAACUACACUAUGGACAUGGAACUUAGUUAUGGAGACUGUUCGGAGGCUUUAAACCACAUCUGCAAAGAGUUUUAUGUUGCCCUGCUGCCAUACCGGAACGCUUACCUAGGUCCCAGCUCUUUUCAUUUUUACAACCAAACCUACAACUCUCUUCAGUAUCCAGUCAAAGAAUGGCAGGAGAUGUUUUGGGUGAAGAAAGCUGUCCCUUUCUCUGGCUACAUUGGCAUGGUGGAGUCUUUUUCCAGUUACCAGGCUCUCCUAGAAAAGGAUCCUGAAGAGGCCAGACGGCUCUCACAGGACAUCACAAAGAGACUGUUGCGUGCAAUGGGUGUGACAUCAUUAGAGACAGAGGUUGUCAUGGGAGUGAAAUACUUCUAUCUGCUUGGCUGCAAACCUGCAGAAGAUUGACUGCUUUGUGUUUAUUAACUCAGUGCCAUAACAAAAUAUUAUAUAUUAUUUAGGUAUUCAUAAUAAUCACCUGAUUUAAUAUAAAGAUUUUGUUCACCGUUUUUAUUUAUUAUAAAUUUAUUAUUACGUACUUUAUUUAUCAACACCAUUAACAAAUCAGUGAAUUAAAGAUAACAUAAGAAAAUAUGAUGUAAAGCAAACUGGAUAUUACUGACAUCACAUAACAGACUGAAUUGUGAACAGUGAAUUCUUUUGAAUUAUUAUCAAUAUUUUUUCCUGGAGUUUUGCCAUGCCACAACUAACCUCACAAAAAAUACUUUUGUUGUGUGAAUCAUUUUACUUUAAAAAUGUGUAUCAUUAGUCUGUAUAAAUUGCUGUUGUAUUUAGAUUAAAUGAGUUACAAUAAUUGAAAUGUAUUUGAAAGCUCAUCCACCAGGGUGCAGUGUUGACUUGCGCAUGUAGGGGCCCCUACCAUUUCAGGCUGCCAGACACUGUCCAUGUGUGCUGUUGUAUAGUAAUUCCAUGGUAGAGUGAUUAAACACAGGCUCACACAGCUUCAUAACACACAGAGAGACACACGAAUUUGAGAAAGGCAUUUCUGUGUAAAUGUUUAAUUUGUUUGUGUUUGCCACAAGUGUUUUGAAAUCCUCUUGAUGUUUUCAUUAACCAUUUGUGUGUUUGAUCUCUCUCAAGUAGAGAGGUUUUAUUUUAAGCCUCAGUAGAAACACAGUUACACCAAAAAUGUGUCUGUGACAUCUGUUUACUGUACACACAUCAACAUAUGAUGUAAUACUUUCUUUUUCUCUCAUAAUUUACAAUCUGGUCUUGAUGAGAUAUAUAGCUGAGUAUAAUCUGCAUAACAGUGGAAACUAUUUCCAUGUUUUCUAAAUAAUGUUGCCAAGGGGCAGCAUGUAUAUGGAGAAUAGCAAGGGUCCUAAAACCGAUCCCUGAGGUAAUCCAUAAUGUACUUGCAUUAGAUUAGACGAUUCCUCAUUUAAAUGGACAAAUUGAAAUCUGUCAGAUAAGUAAGAUCUGAACCAUUGUAGUGCCUGUCCCUGAAUACCGGUAUAAUUGUGUGAUCUAAAAGUAUUUUAUGGUCUACAGUAUCGAACGCAGCACUAAGGUCAAGCAAGACUAUGAGUGAGAUGUUGCCUUUAUCUGAUGCUAUAAGCAGGUCAUUUGUCAUUUUAACAAGCGCAGUUUCAGUGCUAUGAUGCGGUCUAAAGCCUGACGGAAAUUUUUCGUGUAUGUCAUUAUUUUGUAAGAAAGAGCACAAAUCUUUUGUCAUUGCAUGUCAGUUGUGAGGUGUCAUACAUACCAAAGGGUGAAUGCAGAGAAUAAAUGACAGGAAGUGUGUGUUCAUAUCUAACCCAGUCUCAAGGCAGUUUGUGGCAUUGGCAUGAAAUUUGGAAUCUAUUGAUUUGUGUUCAACCCCUUUUUUCGUGUCACUCAGCACAACUUUCAGUACAGCACAACUUUCAGUACGCGUAUGUGUACAUUUAUAUAUUUAUAACCUAAUACCAAAAGAAGUACAUAUUUUAGGAGGUGGCUAACAAACACCAUACCCUAAAAUCACAGCCGCAAAGGCUAAUUUAGCAAAGUAAAAUCAUAACAAAACAUACAAAAUAAGAUCGUACAAAAUAGGAAUUCACAUGAAUUGAGCCACCUUGUAAAAUAGGUAUGAAUUCCCAUCAGAUUGCAUUGAUAUAUAUUUAUACAUAUGAAAGAUAAUGCAUAUUAAAAUAGGUUAGAUUGAAAGUCGUGCUGCUGACACGAAAAAAAAAUUGUGUCCAUGAACACAAAUUAUUAGAUUACAGUUUGUGACAGUGUCACGAAUUCCAGUCCACGAAUCUUUUACCUAGAAAAGUAAUGUACAAGACCCCUAUCAAAUGACAGCACAUGAUAUAGUGAGUUAAAGAGAAUAUAGUGCCAUCGCUCAUAUGUGAUGCAGACGAUAAGUGACACGACACAAUAAUGUGGAUAAAUUGACAUCUCUUUAUUUAUUUUAUUAAUAGAUUUAUAAAUUAAAGCGCUGUAUGAUUUGAUUACAGUAAUGCAAUGAGAAUAGAAGCCGCACGGUACUGAACCAGAAUAAGUAUUAAAAUGCACAUUGUUACUUUGGUGGUAACACUUACCAAAGUAAAUGCUAAAAUUACUAUUUACACAUUUUUUACAGCUCAAAUAAAAUUUUGUAUGUUGGAAGCAAAUGAACGUAAUGAAUAUGUGCUUUAACAAAUAGUACACCCUCCACAAUGUCCUGCUUCAUAGACAUCCACUACACUGUAAGUGCAAUGCUGCACAUGAUGUUAUAAACUAUAAGGGAUGAGUCGUAUUGACAGUGCUCCACAGAUUCGGUUGACAUUACUCUAAAAAUGCCUGCCUUUUCAGUUUUGCUUUUGCCAGAUUGUACAAAGACACAAUUCUUAGCAGACUUCUCAAAUUCUGCCUUCACAUGGUUCCAUGGUUCCGAGCAGAGAAAAUCAGAUUUUGCUAAAUAAGACAUUUCUUACCGAACAUACUGUACUCAUCUCUUUCUGUCUGUGAUUUGACAUUGAAAUGUCACACACUGAGUGACCCAUCACACACCACAUUUUAAUACUGUGGGUUGAAUAUUUUCAUCCCAGAUGAGUCAAUAAGGCUGUGCUGUUGAAAAAUGGAUACAUGUACACUGUAAAAAACGUAAUUUUACAGAAUUUUUCUGCUAUUUGUUACAGUUUCAGUUUUUCAACAAGAUUUCUUUUUUUUACCGUUUCUUUUUGAAAUACUGUUAAAAAAUGUAAAAUUACAGAAAAAGACAACAAAUUUACAAGAAAAACGGGGAAACUAUUUAGUAUAAAAAAGUGACAAACAAACAUUCAUAACUCAAGAGCACUCAGAGUGUGCAGAGAAUUGAAAGGAUAGAAACGCUCUCAUUAAACAAAGGCCGGAAUGCUCGACAUUUAGUGUAGCUUUUGGUUUGAAAAACAAGGCUCUAUUUUUCCUUACUUAACAUAAAAAAGAAACAUGUUUCUCCUCCACCCAUAGGUGAAAAGGAUAUCCUCAAUUUAAUGUUAGCAGUAUAUUCUAC